AGCAUGUGCAUACAUUCCGUGUGGUCUAAAUAUAUCUGGGGUUGGGGCUGAGAGGGAGCGGGCGCUGGACAAAAUCUCGCUCUGAAGAAAGGACAACUUGCCUGACGUCUUAAAAUAUACCGGGGAAAUAAAAUAAUCAGAACCACCACCAGAAUGCCCGCACACCAGAGCAGAUCCAGAACCCGGGACCGGAACAAUGUCCUGAACAGACCCGAGUUCAUGUCUCUGAACCAGCCGCUGAGGAACAGCCCCGCCGAAGUCAGGAGCUCCCUGCGGAGACAUAAUGUUCAAGCCGGACAAGCGAAACACACACAGGUCCCGCAGCCGGAUUAUCCCACGCAGGAGCCGAGCGACAACGUUAAAGACCGGCGGGAGUCUCUGAAGCUGCCGGAAGACGACUGCAUGCAGCUCAACCCGUCCUUCAAGGGGAUAGCGAUGAAUUCGCUCUUGGCCAUAGACAUCUGCAUGUCCAAGCGGCUGGGGGUCUGCGCCUACAGCACCUCCUCGUGGGGCAGCGUCCGGUCUAUGGUCACUCUGCUCGCUAUCACGGGCCACGGGAUUCCCUGGAUCUGCGGCACGCUCCUGUGCCUGACGAGGAGCAGCACCCUAGCCGGCCAGGAGGUCUUGGUCAACCUGCUGUUGGCGCUGGUCCUGGACGUCAUGACGGUGGCCGGGGUUCAGAAGCUGGUGAAGCGCAAAGGCCCCUGGGAGAUCAGCCCCAGCUUCCUGGACUACGUCGCCAUGGACGUCUACUCCUUCCCAGCGGCCCAUGCCAGCCGCGCGGCCAUGGUGGCCAAGUUCCUGCUCAACCACCUGGUGCUGGCCGUGCCGCUGCGCAUCCUGCUGGUGAUCUGGGCCUUCCUGGUGGGCGUGUCCCGGGUCAUGCUGGGCCGGCACCACCUGACGGACGUGGGCUGCGGGUUCGCGCUGGGCUUCCUCCACUACUACCUGGUGGAAAUGGUGUGGCUCUCCUCCAACACCUGCCAGACUCUCAUCUCCAUCUCCACCCUCAGCCCCUUCUUUAAGUGAGCGCUGGGUCUUUUAGUAGUCCGGUUUCUUGGUUAUUCAUGUAUGAGCAACUUGACGUGUUUUAAACCUAUGAAAGGGAUUUUUUUUCCCUCUUGAUCUUAUUUUCCUGCAAGACGCAGCAUGACUUUUCAAAAGAGAGACUUUCAUUUGAGACUUUUAAGAUGAAAAAAAAUGGCUGUUUUGUGAGCAGAUGGAGCACCUGCCCAACCCCACUCCUUCACACAAGUAACUCUGCGAGUGUUCCACUGCUGUUGGACAGUAUCACUUGUUAAGCCUGGGCACUGCACUUCGAGCUCUUUUUCUGAAUUAACCACAACAAUUUGUUUUCAAAAAUUAAUGUAAAUCAGGGAUUUUGCUAUGAGAGCAUCUCUUUUCCUAAACAGAUAAAAGGCUAUUUCAAAUUCAUUUUUAAUUACAAUAUUUUUCUCCUACUAGUAUAUGUAUUUUUUUUAUUUUGGAGUCAUACUGUUUGAACGUUUGAAUUCUCUACAUUGAAACUUUAUUUGAUUAAGAUUAAAACUUAAAUGUGAUAGAAAUAUUGCAUGGAGAUUUAACUCCUAAAUUAUUUUUCAGUAAUUAACCUUAAAGAGGAAUCUUAUCUGUUUUCACAUGACAGAUGAAAGAAAUGCGACAGUUCAAUUUUACAGGUUUUAAAUGCCAAAUGGUUGUCAGUGAUGCCAGUGGGCUGCUGUGAGAGCCACAUUUGAACUUUCUGAAUGGCCUGCUUCAACCAACAAAAAACAGGAAGGUUUACAACUGAAGAAUCUCUUUUAGCACCUCAAUCUUACAGUUGUAUAAAGAUUUCCUUUUUUUAUUACUUGUAAUUGCUUGACAGCGUGUUUUUUCAGCAUCAACGUCUAUGCAUUUACUCAUUUAAAAAAUAUAACUUGCAUCGAACAGCAAUUUGAGACCUGUUUUUCUGAAUACUGUCAAUGCUGCUGUUUAGUUCGCAACAAUGAAUCACCUUGUGUCGGUGCCCGGGGUGCAGAAUCUCAGGUAAAAACUGGGGAUCGGGGGAUUUUGCUGACUAACAGAGGGCCUUACUGUCUCAGCCUUCUUGAUGGACGUGUUGUAGAACAUUCUGGAAGACCGCCUUCGCACCAAUAUGACGUUCAGCCCCAAGAGUUUACUGCAUCUUCAAAGUAUCUCUAAUGGUGGCUCGGUGUUGAAGCACAGCUGUGGAAACAGUAUCUGAUGUCCUCAUUCCAUAGUUUCUAGAGACUGCAUGUGCCUUGUAUUGAAUCUUCUACCACUGCUGUAACUGCAGUUGAAAAAUGUUCCGGCUGCCCCACAACAUUAAUUCGGUUCCGCCACUUGACAGCUGACCCCUCUCCAUGUGCUCACUGAUGUCCAAAACACAAGUGUCCUGGAAUUCGUGGUCUUUGUUUUGUUCCAUGAACACCGUCACUAUAAAAAAUGAACUGUGACUGGAUGUAAAUGGUGCUUUUCUUAAUAACUGCGAUGCCAAGUUGAACAACAACAACGUCAACCGACAGCCCUUUCAGUGCAGUGUGUCAAGCUUAACUCUACUUAGACUCGUCCAGGAAAUUGUCCAGAAACAGUUCCAGGCACUGUGUUUGCACUGUGGUGUUUCAGAGUAGUGCCAACAAAACGACUUUGUGCAUUAGAGUGUACCAUGUUAUCCUACAUGUUGCCUCCUUGAUAUUGUUUAUGGGUAGUAACUGUUAAGCACUGAGAAUUGUGAAGAUGUGAAACUGUGAGGAAUGGUAUUUAGAUGUUUGUAUGGAGAAAAGUAAAAGUGUCUGUAUUCUGAUUGCAACAAGUCGUAGUUGCUUGACAGUUGCCAGAGCUCUUAAAAAGAUUUCCAUCCCAGUGCAAAUCAUAUUACUAGCUUUACAGUGUGUUAUAAAUCCUUAUACUCUUGGGCAGCAUUACAUUCAACUUAAAGUCUUGGGUCCUGGUGACUUUAUUACUAUUAAGCUCUGUCAAUGUUCUGAAUAUGUUUCCAUUUAGUGACUUGUAAUUUACAUUGUAAAUCAAGUCAAGACAUUAAAUAAUUUAUUUAGCUUCUAAAAAGCACAGGGAAUCCUUCAAAGUCUAUCAAAUAGUAAAUAGCAAAAGAAAAAAACAUUUUACAUCUUUAAGUACUGUGAAAUAAAUGUAAGGGCUGACAAAUUACCAUAUAUUUAUCUUUUAUACAUUGAAGGCACAACAGACAGUCAGUGCUGUCGGACAGUGUUGCACUGCAGAGGAUGCAGUCAGUUACAGUGGCAUGCACAAGCUCUGGUCUCCUUUAUCAACACAGAAUCAACACUGAUUUCUUCUUGUCACCAUCAUCCACUAUUUGGAAUCUGAAGCUGUGAAUGUGGUCUCUCAGAUCACAGCCACACAGGUGAUGCAGUCUACACGCAUGUGGUAUGUUAAAAACACUUGUAUCAGGCCAACAAGUUGCACACUGCAAGACCUUGUUAAUGCCUCAAGGAGCAGUCCUCUCUGAUCAGACUGCAGAUUCUCCCUUGUUUGGCGAGUCACAGGGGCUGCUGUGCAUCAUUUUGAUGAAACUGUGGCCUGACCUGAGCUCACCCCUGGCUGCAUUCAGCUUGUUGUGCCCACCUGGGAAACACCAGCCAGUCAGCUAAUGGCUAAUGGCACAGUUCAGGUCCCUGUGCAUGAUGAAAGCUUGGUACUUUCGCAUAUUGACAUCUUUAUUGGAUGAGCAACUUGGGAACCCAUUAGGAGUCUUUCUUAGGGGGAAGAUCUGAACUCAAUCUAGUUGAUAGACGGAUUUGGGGGAAUUCCUUAAAUCAAUCUGUUUGAUAGUAGGAUUGAUGGUAUAUUAUUCAGUUUAUUCCAUAUGGAGUGACACAGUACUGAACCUGGUUCUAGUUUAUAAACCUAACACACACUAAAGCUAUGACUUCUGUAUGAAAAAAAAAGAGCAUCAUGUCUAUGCAGUGGUCAAAUUUGGCUGCUGCCAGAGCAACAUAUUUUCUGUUUUGGCAGCCUAGGUAUUCGUUAUCCAAUGUAAGGCCUGCAUGAAGAGGCGAAUAUGUUGUGCAAUUACUUUUCUUAGGCUUGUCAUGUCAUGUGAGGUCCUUAUGAGGUCUGGAUCUGCAAAUAGUCCUCCCUCGUGGCCAACAAAAAUCCUUCAGUAUAAAAAACAAAUGACGAUAAAACACAGCUGUGAAGAAACAAUCGUGUUAAAAAGCAUUUUUUAAGGAAAGUAAUAUACAAAUUACUGGAGACCUUGCAGGGCGGUGUGGUGGCUGCCUCACAGCGCUGGGGCCCUGGGUUCAAUUCCUGGGGUGCUAUCUGUGUGGAGUUCGCAUGUUCUCCCCAGAUCCGCAUGACUUUCCUUUGGGUGCUCCGGUUUCCUCCCGCAGUCCAACCAUCUCCUCAGAGUCUUACUGACUAGUCUGGCUGCUGUGAAGCAAUUUUUAUGAUGCUUCAGUAUGCGCAUAUAAAAUCUCUAGUGCUGUUGUCUGAUUUUAUUCAGUCGUCUCAAUUGACCAAACAGCUGUUUAUACUGUUAAUGUGCUUUAUUAGAUGUUAAAAUCUUUUAUAUUAAUACAUAUGAAUUGAUUUAUUAUUGGUUAUUAAUUAUUAGGUUUAAAUUAGUUUUUUAAAAACUCCUUAAAGUUUUUAAAGAUUUCAAAUAAUAAUGUGUUGCAGGUAAUUUGAAAUCUCCAGUUCUGUAGGCACUGAAAGGUGUAUUUCAGUGAUGGGGAACUCCAGUCUUCAAAGGCUGCUGGGCUGCUUAGUUUUCAUUCCAUCUCUGAUUUUUAAAUACUAGAGUAUGUGAAUGAGGUGUCAGAGAUCCAUUUUCACAGGUCUUAAUCGCUUGCUGUUUGAAAACCACACGUACGACCUGCAGGAAUCUGGCCCUGAGACCUGUGAGGCUAUCCUGCGUCUAGAGAAAGCCAAAAUCACUGUUUGAAUUACAGGUUCAGUGUUUCAGCUGAAAAGUGAAACUGGAAAAAUACUGCAUCCUCUAGGUAAAUCCCUACAUUAACACCAGUUUUUCUUCUGGUGAAACCUGCUGCUAUUUCAGCAAAGUGUGAACUCAGCUUUGUGAAUUUUUUUAUAAGAGCUACAAUUAAAACCAAGGGAUAAGCAUUGUGAGAAUGCUUCUCCAUUUUUCACAACCCUGGGAGAGUUUUUAGCUGUCAGAACAAUGUGAUUAAUGCCAGGACACGACUGCACUCUGUUAUUUAGACGAUAAAUAGAAAAACUGGUGACAGGUCUUUAAUUUGAAGAAUGAUGUGAUGUGCAAGCCCAGUGUGAUGAUGAUGGGGUUAUCUCUCAUCUAGUGGAACAGAAUAGUCUUUGUGUUGUUUUCUGGUUUGUUUCAAAGUUGAGAGAUUACACUGUCACAUACAUUAAUGUUUUAUAUUGUGCUCUCUACAUUUUUUUGCUACAGUUCUAAAAUAAUUAAGAGGAUUUGUCAAGCAAAUCCAUUUGGCUCAAACUGGAGUAUUCAGUUACAGAGACUGUUAUGUAGUUUUUAUCAGUCUGUUAAUGUUUGGAACCUGCAUGAAUUUUUGUCCUUCUUUUGUAAAAGUAAAAAUUGACAGUUUUAAUUAUUCUAUGGCUGUUGUAAGAUAUUUAAAUAAAUCGGGCUCUUUUUCAGUUGUG